CUUUAAAGCUAGCCAUCCGUUCUGUCAUUUUUUCCUUUUUAUAAGAAUGGUGUCGUUUUUUAUUUGUUUUUGUGGGAGAAAUAUAGGAUACUGAGUAUAAUAGGAGUGGAUAAAAAUAGCAAAAAAGCGCAGUGGCAGAUAGAGAGAGAAAGAGAUAAGGGACAGAGUGAAUAAUCAAUCAUGGCCAUGGUGGAGGACUUUCGGGCUUUGGAUUGGUUUUUCUGACUUUUUUCAUCGUCUGGGGGCUGUUGGAUUUGGUUGGGUGUGGGCGUUGAGAAUGGAUUUUUCUGAAUCUACGAACGUUGUGUACAAUAGAAUUCAGAAAAUAGAGCCUGAAAAUGUGUCAAAGAUCAUCGGUUUCCUCCUGUUACAAGACCAUGGUGAACGUGAAAUGAUCAGGUUAGCCUUCAGCCCUGAUAAUUUGAUCCACUCUUUGAUCAACAAAGCCAAAACGGAGCUUGGCUUAUCCAAACUGCCGGUUUCGGCUCCCAUCUCACCCUCUCUGGUGAACCCAGUACCGGGUUCAGAGUUACCUCUACCGUUCACACCCUACUCGCCAGUCUUACCACGACCAAUUUCAUCUCCAAGAACUCUACGAGGUGCAAAUCCCUACUGGAAUCCCCAAGUAGCUGCUGAUCAGCAGCCAGUGCAUAAUGCAGAUUAUGUCCCACCAACUUGUUCAGAUUCGGUUGCUGAAGAUUAUCACCUUCAAAAUCAAAUUCAGUUCUUGACUUUGGAUGAUCAGCUAGAAUCUGCAAAUUCAGUUGCUUCAGAUUUUUCGAGCAAUUAUUAUUACCCGGAACCUGCAUUUGGUGUGAGAGUGGGUCGAAGGUCUCCAAGCUUGCCUGAAUUUCCUGUUAAGGUUUGCCAUUACUUCAGUAAGGGGUUUUGUAAACACGGAAACAACUGUAGGUACUUCCAUGGAAAUCCCAUGCCAGAAAGCUUUUCUCUGAUUCUCAGUCCAAGUUCGAAUGAGCUUCCUAAUGAAGAUCAUGUCUUCUCUCCUGAGUCUCUUGAAAAGCUUGAAAAGGAGUUAACCGAGCUUUUGAAAUCCAGAAGAGGAUUUCCGGUUUCAAUUGCUUCAUUGCCAAUGAUCUAUUAUGAGAAGUUUGGGAGAACCCUUCAGGCUGAAGGGUACCUUACUGAGAGCCAGAGACAUGGUAAGGUUGGGUAUAGUCUGACAAAACUUCUUGCUCGAUUGAAGAACAGCAUUCGUCUCAUUGACAGGCCUCAUGGACAGCACGCAGUAAUCUUGGCAGAUGAUGUGCCAAAAUACUUGGAGUAUGCUGGUGAGAGAAGUGACCCUGGUGGUAUUGUUGCUGGUUCUCGACAGAUUUAUCUCACCUUCCCGGCUGAGAGUACUUUUACAGAGCACGAUGUUUCUAACUACUUCAACAAAUUUGGUCUGGUCCAAGAUGUUAGGAUUCCUUGCCAACAGAAGAGGAUGUUUGGUUUUGUCACUUUUGUAUAUUCAGAGACCGUCAAGCAAAUUUUAGCUAAGGGGAAUCCUCAUUUUGUAUGUGGGGCUCGUGUUCUGGUGAAACCUUACAGGGAAAAGUCGAGGCUUCUUGAAAGGAAGUAUGCAGAUAAAAGCCCACAUGCUAUGUAUAACAGUCCACACUUCAUGGAUAGGGAUUCUGAGCUUAAUUCGAUGGUGGUGAGAGUUGGUGAUAAUUUGAGGCUCAGGAAGCAGCAGCUCAUUGAAGAACAUGAGCAAGCACUUGAGCUUGAGAGCAGGCGUUUCUCAGAAUUGCGACUCGCUCCUAAACUCUUUUCUCAUCACCCUUAUAUUGGACAUUCAAUGGAUGAGUUAAAGUGCUCUGAAGCCCAUGCAGAACAAGCAGAGUUCCCAUCUGCUAGGCGUUUUAAUUAUUUGCUCGAUGUUUUGAACAAUGAAAAAACGAGGCAUACAAACACGAACUACAGCGGCCAGAACAGCAGCCAAGGACUUAACCUUCCAGAGAGCCCUUUUGCAUCGGCUAUAGGGAAUAAUAGCAUUUCAACAGUUACAUAGAGACAGACAGACAGACAGGAAUUAUAGAAGUAGAGGAAUGAGUUCUUCCAAGGCUAGUUCAACAUGAUUUAAUUGUCUUGGAAUUUGUUGAUCGAUCGGUCAGCUUCAUAUAUAGGAAGUCCAUACCAGUUGAAGGUGAGAGAGAAACAACUUCUUUCUCCAUUUUACUUUUGAUGGAUGAGAUUGCAAACAAGUAUGACAAGGAAAGCUAAUAUGUAACGAGUUCUUAAACAUUUUUUUCAUUUCAUCUUCUUUAUAUUUUAAAAUGUAAUGGAAAAGGCAAGCAGGAGAGAGCUUGCAAGUCUUUAGAUUCAUAUAGUCUGCCUUAGCUGAAGAAGAAAAAGGAUGUAGAGAGACAGAGAGAGAGUAGAAAUUGAGCUGAGACACAUUGGGGCAUUAAAGCCAUAGUAGACGUGCAAUCUUUCUUUGAA